GCAGCCAAUGUCUUUUCUUUCCUGUAUACUUCUCCUUCAGACAGCUUUCGUUUUCACGGGGGAAGGUCUCGGGAGCCUGGGGCAGAUUCCAGGUCUCCCUCCACCGAGGGACGCGGGUUUCCCCCACCACCCCGUCAGUGGACGACACAAGCCGCGGCGGGGGCCGGGGGAAUGAUCCCUGGGGCCAGGCUCCGGAGCGGCUGCCCGGGCUCCCUCCUCCUCCCCGCCGCUGCGGGCCGGGCCGGGCCGGGCCCGGCUACUCCCGCCCCGCUCUCUGCCGGGGCCGGCGAUGGAUGAGCGGCUGCUGCAGGCCCUGGGGGGGCUCAGCCUGCAGCCCCGGCGGGGCCGGUUCUCCGGGCGGCUGGUGCUGCUGCGGGGGCUGCCGGGCUCCGGGAAGAGCACCUUGGCCAGACAACUGAAACGUGACUAUCCCAGUGCUGUAGUUCUUAGUACUGAUGACUUCUUCAUUGAAAAUGGUGUAUAUGUGUUUGAGCCUGACUUCCUAGAGGAUGCACACAAAUGGAACCAAAAGAGAGCACGCAAAGCAAUGAAGAAUGGGAAAAGCCCGGUUAUUAUUGAUAAUACCAACAUCCAUGCUUGGGAAAUGAAGCCGUAUGUGAUAAUGGCACGUGAAAAUGGGUAUGAAGUUGUAUUCCAAGAACCAGAUACACCCUGGAAGUUCAAUGUUCAAGAACUGACAAGAAGAAAUACUCAUCAUGUCCCUCGACAAAAGAUACAACAGAUGAAGGAACAAUACGAGCACAACGUUACAUUCCACAGUGUUCUUCAGUCUGAAAAACCACGCCGAGAUGAAAGAAGGUCCCAUGAACCAAACGCAGCUUACAGGAUGGGUGCCCAUUCCUGCCCACCUCCAGCCCUCUCAAACAGGAGGCCUCACGUGGCGCACACAAGCAAUAGGCCUUUUAACCAAAGAGGUGGAUUCCCUGGUGGGUUUUAAUUAUCAGGGUAUAAAAGUCUCUAGUUGUACAUCUUUUUCUCUAAACUGUUUUUUAUUCUUGUAUUUUUCUACUGUAUUUCUAAAUUACUUUUAUUUCUUGAAAAUAUUCUAAUGCCUCUGGAUUAUGAUCUCACAGCUUUGCAUGACUGAUCUAAGAGCACUAUCUCCAGCACAAACUGUACUCCCUCUAAUCCCAUUUCCUUCAUGAAAAUCCAUCCAAGCUUACAGUGACAGAUAGUGGCUGUGCCACGUGGGUUCUCUUUGGUUUUGGUUUCCUGCAUCACUCUCUGUCCCUAAUAGAUAACAACAAAUAUUCCUACAUAAAUUCUUUCUUACAGGCCAUGUGGCCAACUCCUUCUCCAUGCAGUUGCCAUUUCUUGACAUUUUAAUAAUUUCUGUCUGGCUGUAUAACCUUUUGUAUCUGCCCACUCCACCUUGCCUAGAGCAUUGCUGCAACUUUAAGAGAUGCAAAGUGAAUGGUGGAAAAGGCAGCUCUAACAGAUUUUAGCAAGAUUUGAUGUUGCUCCCUAUUCCCAUCUCUGCUGUUUGGAUACAUGCUGGUCUUUCUUACCUCAGCUCUAGUGCAGCCAAUCAGCUUCACCAGCCUGGAGAUUAAAACUUCUAACAUACCAAACAGAGCCCUUUAUCUUGCCAUAGGAUUUCACCUGGUCCUGAGACAAGUCCAUAUAGAGGGGCUUCUAAAAGGAAACAUUAGUAUUAGGCCAGUGCUUGUUAGCUUUUAAGUAGGAACAGAGCUACAGGAGCAGAUCCAAGCAGCUGAAGCACAAGUCUACCA